UGCAAUAAUUUGUCGAUGUUGUGAGCAGUGAAAGAGGAAGGUUCCUUCAUUUCAUACGCUUACUAAGAAAUCAGCAACAGUCAAAUACUUGCAAAAAUGGAGUCUAAGCUGGAGUCAUUUGAUAAUAUUAGUGCUAGAUGGUUACAAACCUUCGGAACCGAUCCUCCAAAAUGGAUAGGAAGGUUAAAUCUGGAUGAUGUUAAAAAGGCAAUUAGUUCUUGCAGGAAAAGAAUACAAAGCCUCUCGACUCGUUUAAAAGAAGAGCAAGCAUUAUUACAUUUGCUGGACGUCGAGCUGGAAGUAGAACAACCCAGUGCCAUAUCCUCAAGUGGGCCGGACCGCCUUGCCUUUCUCCAGGAAGCACCCGUCGCCAUUGCCACUGAGUCUGAAUGUGUCACUAAUCCACCAUCUUUUACCAAGACACCAUCUGAUUCGUCCGUCCUAGUUUUGAGAAGAAGAGCCUGUGAGCAAGUAGACAGGGAUCACGAGAGUCUUGCCCGCCGUGUCAAAGAUAAAGUCAAAGCAAAGCACUUGUCUUUCUCUGGUAGUAAAAGGAUACUUGAUUUUGAAGAAGAUAACAGUCUUUUAGAACGGUCUGAACUUAUUAUACCAGAAAAAAGUAUAACCAAAAAUACAUAUUUUGGAAGAAGAAGGUCGAGUAGUGAAUCGUCAACUUUUGUAAAAGAAGGCAGUGAAACAAGAGGUGAAAGGAGUCUCGGAAACUCACCGAGUAGGAGUUUACCAAAAUUUGUGGCACAGGUAGAUUUUAAACCCUUGACUUCUGACCACCAGGAAAAAUCAUCUCCAAUGGACAUUCCUGGGAAUAGUAAGGAAGCGAAGAGAUUGUCAAAUGGGACACACCCUCAUUUGAUUGAAGAUGAUGAUAAUGAGUUUGUAGCAUCUGUAAAGACAAUUGUUGGUGAUGAUUCUCUUGGUAACAAAGGACCACGUCAGGAUUCUGAUCCUAAUCUAACUUUAAAGAGAGAUAGUUUCUAUACCAACACUUCUGGUGAAAAGACACCAACAGAUACACUCACGGAUAUUUUUAAUGAAGAAUUUUCACCGUCAAUGGAAGUGCCUCAAUCAGAUAAUUUAGAAAUCGGUUUAUUUGAAGCCGGGCAGAUUGCUCAGCACAGACAAGAAUUAUCAUUUGAUGACGAAGAUGAAGAACAAUCAACUGGUGAUGUUGAAGAAACUGGUAGCUUUAAUGACAUGGAAAAUAGUGGGUUUCACACUGACUUUCAGAAUCUUGCUGAAAGUACAUUGACUUACAUUCUCAGGGACACUAUUUUUGCUUCGAGAAGCAACUCAAUGUCAUCUUUAAAUGACUCUCGUCGUAGUAUGUCGCCUGAACCAGCAACACCAUUGGGAGGUGUUAAUUUGCGUCCAAACAGUGGCAGGAUAAAGGAAAGGAAUAGGGCAGCUCAGGUACUUGAGAACCAAUUUACUGAUGAACGCAUUGAUGAGGAAAGGCUACAUAGGAUGUUACUAGAAUUACAAGAUUCCUCACCAUGUCAAUCCCCUUCACCUGUAUCAUCAAGCAGCGAUCCCUCAAGUCCCACUCAUUUUGUGCCAUAUGAUCAUAUGCCUAUUCAUCAUCAGUCUUUAUCUGCUCGUUCGUCACGUAUGUAUCCUGUUCGUCGUGAGACAGUUGUAGUACAUGGAGAAGUGUUAGUUAUCAGAAAACUAGUAGUAGCUGGUAUUGUUACAGCUGAAAAGGCAUAUCUUGAUUGUCUCAAUGUGACAAAAGAGUUUUAUCGAAAGCCACUCCUAGCUCAUAGUAGCACCAGUCAAGCUAUCAUUUCUGAGACUGAUGUCAACACAAUUUUCUAUCGCGUAGAAGAUCUUCAUUCACUACAUUCGUCUCUUCAUGAAAUGCUGGAAUCCUUGUUACCUGACUGGGGUAUGCACUCUUGCGUUGGAGGAUUCUUUUUAGAACUGUGCAAGAACCUGAAACUGUACAAAGAUUAUGUUGAGAUGUAUAGAAGAUCUUUGGACUGUUUAGAACGCUCAAAGCAGGAUCCAAAUUUUAAAAAGUUUCUUGAUGAUGUUAAGGUAACAGUUUCUUCUCAGAAUCAGUUUAAAGAUGUUCCUAAUGUUAAUGAAUUACUAAGGAAGCCAAUUGAAAGGUUACAAAGCUAUUCUUUGGUUUUAACUGAUCUUUGCCAACACACUCCAGAAGCACAUAAUGAUUUUUCAGUUCUUAAACAGUCGCUCAAUGUCAUGUCUGAUUUUAUUGCUAGUACUCAUGACCCAAGAGCAUUUCAACAGUUAAGUGGUGGUUUUAACCGUGAACUUGUAAAGCAAGAGCUUGUAGUUGAACUGUUAGAGCGAUCAAGAAAAAUUCGACGUUUGUUUCUGUUUCAUGACGUUCUUGUUUCAGCUAAAGAGAAGUCUCCCAGGCAUGGUGAAGGUGUCAAAUUAGAACCAAAAUGGUAUGUUCCACUUCACAACUUGCGGUUUCACCCACCAGAAGCUGAAGCCCUUCGUCCUGUACCUGUGACUAGUGAUCAAGAGCUAAGUGUCAUUAAGUCUCGCAUAGCUGAACUGAAGGCUCAACUCAAUAGAGAGGUCAAAGAAAAGAGAAGCAGCACUCUAGACAAAGAUGCUUCUUUUAAACGCAACUUUAAAUUUAUUGGAACAAAGCCAGAGAAGCUCAGAAAAAAGUUACAAGAACAGCAAGUAUCCUAUUGGAUAGCUUCACCUUCUCUUCCUUUGAGGCUUUACAGUACAAAUGGAAAGCGAUAUGUGUUCCUCCUUCAUAAUGAAGAUGAACGAGAGAGUUGGAUAUCAGCAAUUAAAAAGCUGCAGCCAAAAGCUGUUCAAAGUGUUACAUUGUCACAGUUUGAACUGCAAGAUUUGUUGUAUAGGCAGAAAGUUCACUUAACUCGUGACCAAGAAGAAGUCAUUGAAGUACAAACAGAUGAGGAUGAAUAUUUGACUGGUAUUCUUAGAGUUCAUGUCACAUCAGCAAAGGAUAUGAAAAUCAAACAAAAUUAUGGUUUACAUUGUGCUCUUGAGUUUGACGAAUAUAGCCGCUUUGACCGGAAAGCUCGCACACUACCAGUUAAUAUGGAUAUGACAACAUUAAUGGUUACAUGGGAUCAAGAUUUUGAGAUAGAAACAGUUGGUGCUCAUAUGAUGAAAGCUAUGAUAUUUUAUAAGUCUUUAUUGAAAGAGGAGAUGUGUGCAGUCGGUAAACUAAAGUUACCUGUGAAAGAGCUAAAAUCCAGCAAAAGGUGCAAAGUGGAUAUUCGGUUACAUCCUCAAGGAGUCCUAACAUUAGUUGUAGAGUACUUUACUAGUAUGGCAUCCAUGGGAAAAAGACCGGCACUCUUGAGCUCUGGUGUGUUUGGAUUUCCUAUGGAUGUCGUGGCUAAGAGAGAACGUCAUGAUAUUCCACUGAUUGUCCAAACCUGUGUUGAUGAAGUAGAGCGGCGUGGCUUGUCUGAAGUUGGUAUAUAUCGUGUUGCUGGAGUACUUCGUGAUGUACAAGAAUUGAGAAUGGCAUUUGAUACAGAUUAUAUACAUGCUCAACAAAUAGCAUUUGAAACUGAUAUUCAUGCAGUAGCAGGGUUACUGAAACGAUAUUUUCGUGAGCUGCCGGAUCCUUUGUUUACAGAUGACCUUUAUAUGAGCUUUGUUCAGGCUCUUGCUUUGGCUGACCCUGAAGCUAGGGAACAAUCACUUGUGACAUUGCUUCACUCUUUACCAAAAGUAAAUUUUAAAACUGCUGUGUUUCUCUUCAAGCACCUACGAAAUGUUGCUGCAGAAUCAGAGACUAAUAAAAUGACACUAAAUAAUCUAGCGACACUUUUUGGUCCUAAUCUUCUUCGUCCAGGCACUAACAGCCAGUCUGCUGCUGCAGCUUUUGAUGUCAUGUCACCAGUCAAUGUAUUGAUGUUCUUCUUAAUAUGCCCUUUGGAAGUAUAUGAUGAUCCAAGUGCUAGUAAUAGUGCUCCAAGUUCAGCAUCCAAGAAGUCUAAAAAAAGGCAGGAGUUACUCCUGGAAGGUGGGGACACUUCAUCAGUGGCUUCAAGUCAAUCAACUGGAUUUAUCACUCCUACUGUUGCUCCUGCAUCAUCUCCCUCUGAUACUCUACAUGCAUCAUCUACUCCUAGUCUUUCCUCAUCUUCAGUAGUUAGCCCUCCUUCUCCCAGCUGUUCUUCUACUCCUAGUGUUAGUAUUUCAUUAAGUACCUCUAAUGUCACACCUACUACAAAUGUUUCAACGUCUAGUGCUCCAGCUCCACUUCGAUACAAACAAUCAGCUAUUUAGAAUGAUUAUUUGUCAUAAUUUAUUACUUCUUGUUGGAUAAAACUGUUGUACAGACAGUCUUUGAAUACAAUUAUAGUAUUGUUGAUUAAUUAUUAUUAAUAAACAUGUAUUGAUUAUUUCAGUUUUAUUUAUUGUUUUAUUUCUACUGAUCAUUGUUACUGUUUGAAUACCUUGCAUGAUUGAUGUUUAUUAAUUAUUUUUGUAAAUAUUGUUAUUCUUCCUUUAAUAUAUAGUUCACAUUAAA